AUGCGCUGUUUUGACGCGAUAGUCGCAUCAAAAAUUACCGAGAUCGAGAGUGAUGCGACUUUCGCGGCACUCCCGAUUACAAAAUGCGUCAGUGAUGAGAAUGGGUUAACGCAUUGCAUGUAGUAAAAAUAUUUUCAUCUGUUUUUUUUUUCGUUUUUCCUAUUUUUCUCAUUUUAAUUUGAAAGGGCUGUUACUGUAAUAUUUCAGAUAUGUGAUAGGAAGAAAAGCAUGUACAGAUAAUUGUGGACAUACCGAUGUAUCCUGCCCGAUCAAAGCAUGGAGGUUUUUGAUGAUUUUUGUGAAGAAAAUUUUUGUGAGUAAUCUUCAAAAUCUUAUGUUCUGGAAAUCACAAUAUAUCAUUAUUUCAGACUCUACAAAUUUUGAAUUGCAACAAUGUGACGAAGUUUAUGUCAUUUGAUGUUUGGUUUUCAAUGAAAAAUUGUAAGUUUUAUUUCUAGAUUUGGGAAAAGCACAUCCGCAUUUGUAAACAGAUGAGAAACGAAAUUGUCAUCAUUUUUGAGACUUUAUCUUACAUUCAGGCACCCAAUUCAGAAAACUAUAGCCUCACUUUAUGAAAUCGCUUCGGAUAUUUUUUUUUUGGUUUUAUAACUUAGGUUAUUGACUCAUUUUGAAUUAAUUUCAACAAAUUCUGAUCGAUUUCAUUGAUUGUCAUUUACUUACAAUCGAAGUUAAUGACUUAUAACUCAAAAACAAAUUUUUUUGUCAAAUUUUUUUUGACCAAAGCUUGAGGGAACCUUUUUACUCAACACUUCAAAUCAUUAUGAAAUUUUUACAGUACAUUGA